AACAAAUCCUCGUUGUUCAAUGCAUACCACCGACGACACUCCUCCAGCCUUCGAGCCCGCCAUCAACGUCGAGCUCUCCUCCAUCAAGGACAGCAAAGUCGCCAAAGUCAGCCUUUACAGCAGCCGUGCAGAGAUCACCCGCUCCUUCAAGUUUACCGUCAGCACGGGGCAGAACCUGGUGCAAAUCAAUGGCUUGCCCAAUGUCCUCGAGGCCCAGUCCUUGAGGGUGGAAGGACGAGGCGCUGCUACUAUACAUGAUGUCGUUCUGUCCACGAUACCUCCGCCUCCUAUUGCCACCACAUCGGCCAAGCUCGUUGACCUCCAAAACAAGCGCGUUCAACUACAGAAAGCUUUGGAUAGGGUCAAGAAGGCCCUUGGGUCGCUAGAGAGUUACCUCGGUACAAUGAACAGCCAGUACAUCGACCCCACCAAGCUCACAGUCGUCGUGGACAACUAUGACUCCGUCGCUGAGAAACUUGAUGACCGAGUCUUGGAGUUGGAAAAGGAGCUCAAAGACACUGAGGAUGCUAUCAAAGCCGAGCAGCUGAUGCUGUCGAGCCCGCCAGAGGCAAAUAGCUUGUUGAAGCAGCGCGUGUCGGUUGGUAUAUUUGCAGACUCGGGGGGCGAGGUGGAAAUCAUCUUGAUUUAUGCUGUCAACCGUGCCAGUUGGUACGCAAGUUACGACGUCCGAGUUAACGUGCAGACCAAAGAGAGUCCCGUUACUCUCGUCUAUAAAGCCAACAUCAAACAGGCUACUGGCGAGUCUUGGGAAGACGUCCCCCUCACUCUCGAAACCGUCACACCGACUUAUGGCAUUGGUGUUCCCACCCUCAGUCCCUGGACGCUAUCCAUGUACAAGCCCUCCCCGCCACAAGCACAGUCCCUGAGUCGAAGCGCCGGGCCCGUUCCAAUGCUCACACCUAUUGUGUUAAACGAUUCCAAGUUGUUUAGGUCGCUUGACAGAGGAUCUCGCACCCCCGGAAUGGCAUAUAUCGGAUCGUCUGUCACCUCCAAGGGAAAUAUCAGCGCAACGUAUAGGGUUCCCGGUCGCGUUACUAUCCCCGCUGAUGGGGAUGAGCAUACCUUUACGAUAGUCCAGAUGAACCUCGACGCUUCUAUGUCGUGGGUUUCAGUCCCAAAGGUAGACACAAAGACUCAUCUGAAGGCUAAAAUCACCAAUGCGUCCGAUUAUUCUUUGCUUGCGGGUUCAGCAAGCAUUUACGUCGAUGGUAGCUUUAUCUCGCGGUCUUUAUUGCCUUCUGUCAGCCCUCAAGAGAGCUUUGAUUGUCCCCUCGGGCUGGACCCAUCUCUUCGUAUCACCUAUCAUCCUCAGAGUAAAAAAGUCUCUCAAACCGGCUUCUACAACAAAUCCUCCAACUACAUUUACACCCAACGCAUCUCCAUCCACAACACCAAGGCAACGACUACAGUCGAGAACCUCAAGAUCCUUGACCAAAUUCCGGUCUCUGAGGACGAUCAGAUCAGCGUCAAGUUGAUCAGCCCUCCAUUGUCGCUUCCCGAUGUAUAUAGCAUAAAGUCAGUCAAGGCUUCGAUGACCAACGUGUCGAGGGCUAUUCCGCAUGUUCAGGUCAGCGAGGGUGUAGUGGCUCAAUGGGAGGGAUCAGAUGAAAGUGGUAUUGAUGUCGACGCACUGGGCAAGGAUGGGAAGAUUAAUUGGUUGUGUACGAUUCCACCGCAGGGUAAGCUGAACGUUGUGAUGCAGUGGGAAGUGUCGACACCGACUUCCGCCUAUGUUACGGGAUUAUAAGUUGUCCCAUCUGUCACUGUUAUAUAUGUAGAUCAUAGCCUGUAUUACUUCCUGCAGCCGAAGUUUCCACGUACUGUACUAUUAUGAUUCUGAUUCCAUCGUCGUAUUUUCAGCAGGAGCUCUGAUGUUCUGGAAGCCCAAAUUGAAAUCCGG